GUAGCACUCAGACUAAUUUACCGCACCGACUGUGCAGCCACACUCCCGCAGGGCGUCAUCCUCUUGUUUUGGGACGCGCGUACUGGAUUAUCUGCCGGUGGUUUUGACACAGCUGCUGUGCGACUCCUUUUAUCAUGCGAGUGUUUACUUGAGAAAGUCCUCUUGUUGUGUGUUUGUUCCUGGUGGAAGAAGAUCGUUUCAAUUCAAGCUUCGGCGUCAAUGCCAGAUUCAGCGAAGAUGAGCAAAAACGGAAUGUUGACAACAAUCCACACGCGGAUAAGAUCUGACCCGUUCACAGCCAAUUACGAGCUGGUCGGCAGAGAACUGGGCAGGGGAAAGUUUGCGGUGGUAAAAAAGUGCAUCGAGAAGGCAACGGGGAAGCCGUGCGCUGCCAAGUUCCUGCGAAAGCGACGGAAGGGCGAGGACUGCCGCAUGGACAUCUUAAACGAGAUCUCCGUGCUGGAGUCGGCCAAAGCAAACCCCUACGUGGUGGCGCUGCAUGAGGUCUACGAGACCAACAAUGAAAUCAUCCUCGUUCUGGAGUGCGCCGCCGGUGGUGAAAUCUUCAACCAAUGUGUUGCUGAUAACGACGACGCCUUCACAGAGAAUGAUGUGAUCCGGCUGGCCAAGCAGAUCCUGAAUGGAGUGGCCUUCCUGCAUCGGAACAAUGUGGUGCAUCUGGAUCUGAAACCCCAGAACAUCUUGCUGACCUGUGCCAGACCUCUGGGGGACAUUCGCAUUGUGGACUUUGGCUUGUCCAGACGCAUGGACAAAAUCACAGAAGUCAGGGAGAUCCUGGGCACACCGGAGUAUGUUGCACCAGAGAUCUUGAACUAUGAACCCAUUAGCACUGCGACAGACAUGUGGAGUAUUGGGGUCUUGACCUACGUCAUGCUAACGGGCGAGUCUCCUUUCCUGGGUGAAGUAAAGCAGGAAACAUUCCUCAACAUCUCCCAAGUGAACGUGGACUACUCGCAGGACACGUUUGAGGGGAUCUCCUCACCCGCUGUUGACUUCAUCAAGUCCUUGUUGGUUAAAAACCCCAGGAAGAGAGCCACGGCAGAAGAUUGCCUCAACCACCCCUGGCUGAACUCGCUCCCCCAUCCCCACUCCCACCCGCACCUCCACACCAGGUCCUCUUUGGACGAGCCGGAGACGAGCCAGUCUGAGUCGGAGCCUGAGAGCCCGGUUCCCUCCCCCGAGAUGGACUUGAUCGGGUCGUACCUCGCGUGCCCGAGCCAGGGUGGGCUGAAGGCGGGCCGUGACGCCUUCUCCUUCAGCGAGCCCCCCUUUCCCACGCGGCCUGAGAUAAAGCAGGAGCUGAUCUGCUGAACGAUGUUUCGCAGGUGGAGAGAGACUCCAAACUCGAGGGAAUUCAAACUCCACGGGGCAGACGCUGAACGCCAGUGAGCCUGCAGCUUCUUGGUCUUGAUCUGACUCGGGGCCAUGCUAUAUGGAUGCUGUAUGCCUGCUUCUACUGCUGUGAUGUCUGUGAGCCUGGGUUGUGUGUGUAGUUUAAUACCUCUGCAUGUGUUUGAAACACGCUUCUCCGUGCUGAUUUAUGAUUGUAUGGAAGGAAUGUGAGAGGGAUAAAGAUGCAGGUGAAAGGAGUGGGAGAAGACACACGAGGAGUUUGUCGCAGGACUGCACUGCUGCCUUAAUAGUGACAGGGCUCAGCUUAACACUGGGGCUAGUUCACCCCUGCACGCACACUGGUUUCUCUUUUUACCCAAUUAGCCUUUUGAACUGGGUUUCCAAGGAGAGGCAGCCUUGGGAAAUGACUUCACUCACUGUGUGCUCUCAUCGAAACAAGUUAUGCUUCAGCUGACCCAGACAUACCUUCAGUGAUGAGUUUUGUUGAAGGAAGUAAAGGGUUUUGACAGAUGGUUGUGCUUAACAAAAGGUUUAAAGGACAGCACCUACGCUGCAGCGACUGUACCACUGUUUGUGUUUAUUUAUGAGUGUUCGUUGAACCACUUCACCCCCUUAAAUACACAAAGACACGUCAAUGCCUGACUUUAAGAUGGAAAUAGUAGCAUUUUUUUUGUUUUUUUAAGGACAAUCUUAAGCACUUUUUAUUUUGUUAUUGACUUCCAUGUUAUAGUAAGAAACCAAAGGCUAUUCAAGCGCAGUCAGCUGUCACAAUGUACUGUACAUAUUAACCAUUUUCCACCAUCCACUGUUUUUCACCUUUAUUCACAAAGUGCCAUUUGUUUUGUUCAACCUCACCUCUGUGUUAAUAUUACUUUUUCCUUUUGUUGGCUCUUGCACAAGUUUUCUUUGUUGUUGUUGUACUUAACUGCGAGGUAGCCACAAGAUUUCAGGCUCUUCAAAUAUCGUGUAAACAUCGUGCAAAGAGGGAAUGGCAGGGGUUGAAGGCAACAGUUUUGUUAUGGUAAUUGUGUUUGAUGAACAAUGACAUGGUCAGCUGAAGAUAUGUAUUAAUAUGUGCAGUUUGCCUUCAAAUGCUCGGGAGCAAAGAAAUUGGGGAAGAAUUUCUCAAAAGUACUGAAAUGUAUAUUGUGAGUUAGUAUUAAGUUUAAUCUGAUACAAUUUUGUUUUUUACCAGUGUAUGAAUGUUAACAUCAUUAUAUCAUGUCUUAUUUUGUACGUUAACUUUUACUUAUUCCUGUUUCUGCUCAUGGAUUUCAGGCAGGUUUGCACUUGUCCUUGUGGACGUUAUGUCAAAAUGAAUAAAUGUUGAUGGCAUGCAUUGCAAAAUGUAACGACGAAAA